AUGAUUUUAGCAUACGUGUUAAUUAUAGCAUGCAGCGCUGAGUAUAUUGCUCUUAAUUCAACUAACCACUCUUAUCCAUAUAGAAAUACCUCUCCAAAAGAUUGGCUUAUUUUAUAUACAAACAACCCUUCUGGAAAAAUCGAGCAAGAAUUUUUAAACGCCUCUCAGUCUGAAAUCACACAAAAGCUAACAUUCAGCUUAUUCAACUGUCAAGAACAUUUAGAAACUUGCGAAAGGCUUAAAAUCACAAAACUGCCUAAUGCUACUUAUGUUUCUCGAGGCUUAAUCAUCCUUCUGUGACCAAAACUUUUCUCAUUCACGGAGGAAGUUUAUAUUUAUUUAAGUUUUAUACACAUUUAAAAUAAUCCAAAUUCAGAAUUGAAAAAUUAAUUUAAUUAUAAAUGCAUGCGUUAGAAUGAAAUCGGUUUUAAAAUUCAAUAAAAUAGCUGAGAUUUAUUUAUAAUGAUUAUCACUAAUAUAUUGCCUAGAGCCUGCUUUAGAUCUCCCUGGGCUACAUUUUGCUGCCUCAACCUGUAAGGUUGAAUCAGGCAGCAUCAGUUUGCCAACCCAACUCUAUGAGCUCACAAGUGUUAUUAUAAUUUUUACUUGCCAACCCAACAAGCUGAGGCAGCAAUAUGUAGCCCAGGAUGAUCCAAAGCAAGCCGCUAUUUUUCACACAGUUUUUUUUUCUUCCCAAAAAUAGUAAUUUUCCAAUAGUUUAGCUUAUUCACAUUGAAGAGUUAGUAAAAGAGUUCAAUUGGGAUUUAACUUACGAUGAUUUCCUUGAAUUUGGUCAAAAAAUUUCUAUGCCUCAAAUUUUACCCGUCUCCUCAACAGAGCAUUUAAGAAGAUUCAGAAAAUUCAAAAGUGCCUUUAUGCUUUGGACUUUUCCAGAAUUCCUUUCAGGUGUUAGAAAGCCUCAGGAUAUUGAGUUUGAGCAGCUUGCUCGAGAAAUGCAUCAUACACAUACUUAUUUUGGAAAAUCCCAAGCAGAAGGUUUAUUCCAGCAUGCUAGAGUUGAAUGGACUGAGCUGCCAGCUGUAAAGCAGCAUGGUAUUGAUGACGCUUAUGACUACAACAUUACAAAUUUUGAUAGAGAUUCCUUAAGAGACUUUGUUGAAAAAUACAAGUAUGGGAUGGUCUUUAACUUCACAAGAAGUAUAGAAAAAGAAGUCAUGCCAUGGCUCAAAGGCAAGCUAUUUGCACUGGCAGCUAUAGAUUUAAAUAACCAAACUCAGACUGGCAGAUAUGUAGGCCACAUGAGAGCUUUGGCUUGGGGGUUAAGAAAAGCAAAGGAUUUCAGGUUUCAGUUUUCUUAUCUCGAUAUCAAUAUAUUCCCAGACAUAGCAGAAAAAUUCAAAGCUUAUGAGCAUCCGCAGCUGAUUUUGGUAGAUUACAGACGAGCUAAUAGCACUGCUUAUUACUUCGGGGAUUUUCCGGUAGAAAACGAAACAAAGCUUCAUAAACUAUUAAAUGAUACCUGGGACUAUAAAACUUCGGCAAACUACACAACGCCCUUGCCUAAGAAAUGCCAUUCCUGUGGAGGAAUUCCAUUUGGAGGAUACUUAGUUAUUGCCUCCCUACUAUUUGUGGUUGGAUUAAUUAUCUAUAUCAUCAGAACAGGAGCAAAACAAAAGCAAGAUUAA